AUGUCGACAGCGGAAUCUAUCCCAAAAGUCCUCGACUCAUUUACUGAGAAAUGGUCCCCGCGCCUUGUCGCAGCAAUCAACGACCACCACGUCAAAGUUGCCAAAAUAGAUGGCGAAUUCAUCUGGCACUCACAUCCAAACUCCGACGAACUCUUCUAUCUCCUGGCUGGCAAGUUGACCAUCGAGCUUGAGGGCCUGGAUGAUGUUGUGAUGCAAGUUGGCGAUAUGUUUGUCGUCCCAAAGGGCAUCAGACACCGUCCUGUCGCGGAAGAGGCUACCAUCAUGUUGAUGGAACACGAGUCUACGAUUAAUACUGGAGACGAGACUAGUUCGGACAGAACAGUACAAGUCAAGGAUGCUCGCGGGCAGUCUUGA